AUGAAUGAAGACAAUGAACGAGUCAUUGAAGUUGGAAAAGAAAGAGUUGAUGAGGAAUUAAAAAAUUGUUUAGAACCUUUACAACCUGUUUCACUCUUCCCCUCAAUGCCAAACACAUUGAAUAGUACAAAUAAAAUUGGUGAAUCUGAUUCUGAAUCAAUAUAUGUAGAAAUUGGAAUGGAACAUGAAAAUAUUAAAGAUGAUUUUGAAACACAUUUUGAUGCUUUUGUAUUUGUACCUCCAAAUAAAAAUGACAGCAUAGUAGCUAAAUUAAAAUUUUUAGAGCACCAUCCUAUUCAACCAAUUGUUAUAAAUAAUUCCAAAGUUAUGUUUGAUCCCAGAAACAUUUAUUUUCGAAAAAUGACAAAUGAUGAUAUUGUCGAAAGAAGAUGGAUUUCAUAUUGUUCUUUUACUAACAAAAUAUAUUGUAGUACUUGCAUGGCAUUUUCAGUAGAUUUAUCCAAUGCAUUUGUUAAUGGUGUAGUAGUUAAUAUUAAAAGCAUUUAUAUAAAAGUUCAGAAACAUGAAAACAGUGCAAUACAUAAAAGUGCAUGUGAAAGUUAUUUAAGAGCUUGUACUAACAAAAAUAUAGACGUCAUACUUGAAAAUUUUCAUAAUAAAGAAGUUGAAAAAAAUCACAUGGUCCUUGAUAGAAUAAUAAGCAUAGUAAUUGUUCUUGCUAAACAAAACUUGGCUUUUCGUGGCCAUAGGCAUGAGUCUAUUAGUGAUCUUAAUGAUAAAACAAAAUUUAAUCACGGUAACUUUUUAGCAAUAGCCCAACUUGUGGCAAAUCGUGGACGAGGUAGUUUGGUUAGUUUUAUGUCAAAGUCAACUGUUAAUAAAAUUAUUCAAAUAAUCGGUCAAGAGAUUCAACACUCUAUUUCUAAAGAAAUAAAAUCCACUGGUCAAUUUUCUCUAGAAGUGGAUUCCACUCAAGAUAUUUCAGUAACUGAUCAAUUGAGUAUUUGUGUUCGUUAUGUAUACCAAGGAUAUGUUAAAGAAAGAUUAUUAGCCAUGAUUCCAAUUAAAUCAUCUACUGGGAAAGAUCAAUAUGAAGUAGUGAAAAAUGUAUUAAAAACAUUGAACAUUGAUGUAAAAAAUCUGAUUAGCCAGUCUUAUGAUGGGGCAGCGAACAUGAGCGGAGAGUAUAGUGGGUUGCAAAAAUAUUUUAAGAAUGAUGCACCUGAUUCAAUAUUCACACACUGUCAUGCACACGUAUUAAACUUAGUUAUAGGUGAUGUCACCAAGUGUAAUAUAGCUUCUCAAAACUUAUUUGGCCUUCUACAAAAAACAGCGGUAUUUUUUUCUGAGUCUCAUAAAAGAGCUAAUAUAUGGAAGGACAUUUUAUUUGAAAACCAGAUUGGCCAUGACAAAAUGAGAAAACUGCAAAAACUCAGCAAUACACGUUGGAAUAGCAAAGACAAAGCUUUAAAGACAAUUUUUCAUUCGUGGUCAGAAGACGGCUCUAAGUGUGAUCGUUAUAUUUGUCUACUUAAUUCAUUACACAUUUUAGGUUAUGAUGAAAAGUUUAUUAAAGAUUCAAAAAUGGCAUCAGAGGCAAGAGCACUAUUAGAAAAAUGGACUUAA